CCCCCGUCUCCUGCCUAUCCGUUCCAUUGUGAGUGUCUCCUGCCACUCCAAUGCUCCUGCUUCAGUGGACUGGACUCUCUCUCUCAAACUGGCAGCAGCGACUGACCGGGCUGCAACUGCAACUGCUUGUGCUCGGCUCCUACUUGCUGGUAGGUGCUGCUUCCCCUUCUUCUCUUUGCUGGGUGCUCCUGCUGCCGCCGCUGCCCACACCACUGGGCCACACCUUCCACCCACCCCUUGCCCUCCUUGCCUGUGCUUCGUCCACUCCUUCCCUCCCACGCCGCCGCCGCGGCACCCACCCAUCCACUCACACACACCACACGCACCACUCGCACACAUCCCAUCUCCAUAUCUUGCCGUCCACUCGCUGCCCGUCUCCAUCUCCUACUUCUACUUUUGCCCUCUCUUCCUCUCGUUAGCUCACCGCCCUUCUUUUUUCCCUCCUUCAACCCUUCUCUCCCCCUCCUCUUUCCCCCCGCCGCUCUGGUCUGCGAUUUGUUCGUUAUCGUCGUCGUCUUUUGGAAGGAUAAAAAGGAAAAUUCAAAGAAAAGAAAAACAAAAAAAGCCCACAAAGCCCAAAAAGCUCUCGCAUUCUCUUGAGAUCCGUCUCGCAUCAUUUUUUCAACCAACCGCACAAAUUCUUCAGGGGUUCUGGAAGGCUUGCUCACCACAACCACUACGCAACUUCGCGCGACCACCACCACUGCACGCAAAAUUCUCCCCCCAUCCUCCGAAAGAGAGCAAAUCAAAAGGAACAAAAAGGAAUCCGGACCAACCCGCCAGCAAUCGCAUUGUGCAUUUUGCAUCCUGUCUUGACCAUCGACACACAACAAACUCAAACCAUCCGAGAAAACACUUUUUAAUCGACUGUAUUCUACUUCGACUUCGUCCAUCCGUUUCUUCUUCGCAACAAAUACAUCAGAGAAAAAGUCCACUUCUUAAUUUUCAGCACCGCUCCGUCUCAUCCGACGCAAAGCAACGCAAACUCUCUCAGACACGUGCAUAUCAGGUUCGCAACUACCCCAAACUAUUCGGUUUCUCGAGGAAGCUACAGUUGCCUAACUCUCACUCCUGCCAACCUUGUAGCGACAAUCCCCUCGCUUGCGCCUCGAACAAAGAAGACUUGGUUCUUUGUGGUCCGCACCUCUUUCCUCGACCACAACCGCUUCUUGCCAAGUGUCUCCAGACGCCCCAGUGCUGUCUACACAACUUCAUCGGCAUCACAUUGUCGCCCACUCUUUCAUCAUUACAAUCAUUUUUCGUCUUCCCUUGACCUCGACGCCCGGUUACGCGACCACUUAAUCUCACCCAUCACCCACGCCGUCAAUCGAUAUCAUCCAAAACACUGCCGAUUUUUGGAUUCCGACUUUUUGGCACCUUCAACAACUCCGUCGACAGCCUUCUGCUACGAUUCCAGGACUAGCUCCGGAAUUCGCCCAAGGAUCGCUCGGACACGCAACUGCCUUCACUGACAGAACUGCCAACCGAGUAUCAUAAUAUCUCUCUUGACAGCCUGCGCUCCGCAUUCUUCUACUAUCCUUCUUGUAAUUCGACCCGGUCGCCUCAGCCACUUGCAAGGCUUCCAUACAUUCUUUCUCGAUUUUCCGAGUCUCGACAACUCGGAUAACCCGGCAAUUUCGCCAGCUCAUUUCCGCGACCGACAUCGAUUCCCGUCUGAGCAAUGGACGCAGGCGGUCUCGCUCAAAUGAACUCCACAAACUUCACCUCGGGCAACAGCCUCGCCAUGCCUGGUGGAGGUCUCGCCUCGCGCCGCGGUGGCCCCGUCAAGCCUCUGUCGCUGUCCAGCGCCACCCCCGGCAGUAACGCCGCCGACAAUGGAGCGCCUACUCCCCGCACUAGCCGCUCCCAUCUUCUUGCUGGGUUAAGAACCGCCCCGAAGUCCGCUACGGCCGCCAACUUUUCCGCUACCAACAACGCCAAUGUUGCUUCGCCCACGUCCCAAUCUUUUGCUGCUAGGAGCAACAACCUGAGCUCCAACAUAUAUGCCCAAGCCCAGGGUAACCAGUACAACGGCCCCAAGACAGCCCUUCCUCGUUAUGCUGGUCAGCAGCAGCAGCAGCAGCAGCAACAACAACAGCAGCAGGCCUACCAAUCUGUUCCCUCCAGCCAGCAUUACAGUGCUGAGCAGGUUCUUGCUCCUCCUGAGAUUCACUUCGAUGAGCAGGAACAGAUGGACCCGAGCUUGUACGCCCAGCUGGUUGCCACCAACAUGUACCUUGCUCAGCAGCAGCAGCGUCUUCAGCAACAGCUUCUCAGUGUUCAGGCCGCCGCUCAGCAAUUCCAGGGCCUGAACUUGCAAGGCGCCCAGCAACAGAUUCAGCAGCAGCAGCUCGCCAUGUACCAGCAGCAGCAGCAGCUUCAGAGCAUCCAGCAGUCGAUGAUGGGACAGAUGCAGCAGCCUCAGCAACAGGUCUAUACGUACUACGACCCCGUUACCCGUCAACAGGGCUACUACAUUGACCAGGGACAAACCGACCAGCAGGCUCAGCUGACUCAGAUUUACGCCGCCUUGGCUCAGCAGCAGCAACAACAGCAGCAGCAGCAGCAAGCUCCUCGCGUCCAGGUGUCCCCUCCUCCCGAGAACCACGCCACUCCGUAUCGUACUACAACCCCUCCCAAGCGGUACGAGUCGCCCUCUGAGGUUGCUCCACUGCCUCCCCCGUCGGCGAAUGCCUUCCGCCGUGGCCAUAAGAAGGUCAUGUCGCUUGCUCUGAACGGUAACAACCAGGCCAGCCUUUCGCCUUCCCAAGAGCCUCCCAAGUCUGCUGGCCCCAAGACAGCCUCUUUCCCGUUGACCCCUCUGUCCGGCGGCUAUGGGCCUGGUCAGGGACGCGCCGGCGAGCACCCCAUUCGUCAGCCUCGCGGACCUCCUUCCAUUGAGGAGUUGAAGGCCAAGCCCAUUGCAAAGAUGGAGGGCAGCAAGAACUUUGCCACACGUGCCCGCCGGUCUGCAGUUCACAACCUUGUCCGUGCUGGACGUGAGCGUAGAAAGGGUCCGGGCAGUUCUAAUGGUAGCAUGAGCCCGGUCUCAGAGAGUGCUGAGGAAGAGUCUGGUACCCCCAUUACCGACAAUGAGUCCGACUCUGGUCGCAGUGGAUCCGGCAGCCUUGCCGGCGAUAUCGACUGCUCCCUGCCUAGCUCAAGAACUUCGACCAACGGCAGCUGGGGAGCUAUUGGCUCCGACCGCCCAAGCUCCCGUCAAAGAACUCGCAAGAGUGUUGACAGCAUUGGCAGCAACGAGAGCGGUGAAAACAGCUUCGCCAGCGUCUUCAAGAACUCGGCCCAACGCGCCGGUGUCGAAGUAGCGGACGGACAGCGCAAGGCGCCCAUGCUGGUUUUGACCAGCGCCGAGAAGCGCAAGAGCGGCAUUCUUGCGUAGACUUGUUGGUCCCCGGACGUUACGACGACUAUGCACACCUAUGUCUUUCCUUAUUGACGACCUGCAUGAGGGGGAGGUUGACCCUCGGCCCUAAACUGCAGGAUUGAACGAUGGGUUGGACGGUCUGGCGCGCUCUUACGAAUCAUAUGGUGUUCUUUUCAAGGGUUAGGUGGCUCAUUUCAUAUUUCAGCAUCCGAGGCUUGGUUGACUCACAAAUUCAUUUUCACUUCUUUUACAUUCUUAACCAAGUCAUCGGAUUAUCGACAGCCUCUCGCUACUGAUAUUCCUUGUAUGGCUCUGGACAAGCAACACCUCACAGACUCACAACAGUCUUGAGCUGGACGGAUCGAGGGAAAGAUAUACCAUUGGGGCAGGGGAGUAAGGAAAGAUUUGGGCCAAGCUUGGGUUUCUUUCUUCUCAAGUGAACAUGGAACUUUGGUUCUGCGCGACGGGACUCGGAACAAUUUCCUGAGAUGGAAUCGGAUGAGCCCGGACGACGUGAGACGCUUGCUUUUCGUUUUCUCUUUAAGGUCCUCGUGGGAAUUCUUUACAGAUAAGGCAAACACAAAUUCGCAGUCGUUUCGUCGGCGCUGGCUGGAAAGUCGGCACGACGAUGAUGAUGGCGGCUGACAGGACAGGAAUGUAGUUAGCAUAGGAAUAGGCACAAUACAGAUUGAUGCCCAAUA